AUGCCUCUUUUAAGAUUAUCGCCACAAAUAAAAAACAUUUAUUUGAAUAUCCCCAAGAAGAAUUUCCAAACAGGCUUAGCACAAUUUGCAGAGAGCAAAAAAAAUCGAAUUUUGUAUUUGCAUACAUUUUGUAAUAAAAACACCAGUGGUGAUACAAGCCCCCCAUUUUUUAAGAGCCAAACUUUUAGAAGAAUUAGCAACACGAAGGAGAUUAGGAAAAUGGCGACCCAAGUGCCGCAAGUAGUGUCCCUGGACCCAACAACCAUCCCUAUAGAUGAUCACACCGCUGUAGAUGACUUGAUCAUUGAGGUAAAAGAUAUCAACAAGGAAGCAUGCCCCGCGGAUGAGGGCUUCAUCGUAUUUCUCCUCAACAGCGCUCCUAAGAGUAGCAGCAGCAAUGGUAAAGUCGAAAGUGCCGGACCCAUCAAAAUAAACUCUAGUGUAAAUGAUAAGGCGAUUAAUGAAUUCUUAAAAGAAGGAAAUAUGGAAAAUUUCACAGGAAAGGUAGGAACUAGUAAAAGCUUCUACAUCGCCAAUGAUAAGAAGAAGUAUGUUAGCCUUGCGUACGUUGGAUGUGGUCCUGCUAACGAAGAAACGGAAUUAGAAAUUAGGAAAAUCACCUACGCAAUAGCCACCAUGUUGCAUGAUAACAAAUACAAAAAGGUUUCUAUCGUAUUUGAAAUGAAAAUCGAAGAAAACUUAUUUAGGUUUUUCUUGGAGCAUUUAUUUUACGAAUACGUGACAGAUGAAAGGUUUAAAUCUGCUGACAAGAGUACCAACACAGAUUUUAUUAAAAAUUUAUCAUUGUACAUUCCUAAUGCUGAUCUUUAUAAAGGACAGAUUGACAAAGCUCGUGUGUAUUUUUAUGGUACCUACUACGCAGCUCAACUCAUAGCAGCUCCAUCGAACUAUUGUAACCCAGUCUCGCUUUCCAACGCAGCUGUGGAGUUAGCCAAGAAGGUCAACCUGGAGUGCAAAAUAUUAGACGUCAAAGAAAUCGAGGAUCUUAAAAUGGGUGCCUAUCUUUCAGUCGGAAAGGGAAGCAUGUACCCAAAUAAAUUUAUCCACUUGACGUAUAAAGGGGCUCAGAAAGGAGAUAAUAAAAAUGAGAAAAAGAAAAUUGCACUGAUAGGAAAAGGAAUAACUUUCGAUUCAGGAGGAUAUAAUUUGAAAGCUGCUCCAGGAUCCAUGAUAGACUUGAUGAAAUUUGACAUGAGUGGUUGUGCAGCUGUGUUAGGAUGUGCCUAUUGUAUUGGUACCAUCAGACCAGACAAUUUAGAGGUACACUUCCUAAGUGCAGUUUGUGAAAAUAUGGUUUCCAAAAAUUCCUAUCGCCCUGGUGAUAUUAUUACAGCUUCAAAUGGAAAAACUAUAGAAGUUGGUAACACCGAUGCAGAAGGAAGACUAACAUUAGCUGAUGCUUUAGUGUAUGCAGAAAAGUUGGGAGUGGAUUACAUAGUAGACAUUGCCACUUUGACGGGAGCCAUGCUGUACUCUCUAGGUACAAGUUAUGCUGGUGUUUUUGGAAACAACGAUCAAUUAAUAAAUAAAAUCUUGAAUUCUUCUAAGACGUCCAAUGAACCCGCAUGGUGGUUACCCAUCAUUAAUGAAUAUAGAUCCUCUCUAAAUUCAAAGUAUGCUGACCUCAAUAAUAUUUCCUCCAGUGUGAAAGCUUCCUCCGUUGUGGCUUCCUUAUUUCUGAAGGAGUUUAUCGAAAGUACUCCAUGGGCCCACAUUGAUAUUGCAGGAGUGUCUUGGAACUUCAAGGCCAGAAAACCCAAGGGUUUUGGUGUCCGACUCUUAACUGAGUUCGUCCUCAACAAUGCUGUGUAA